AUGGCUAAACAAUGGUGGAGAUUCAGAACUACUGAAUCUCUUUGGACUAAUUUCUUGAAGGCCAAAUAUUGUAGUGUUGAUCACCCUACCAUUGUCCAGUGGAAACCAGGGCAGUCACAUAGUUGGCAGGCAAUGCUGAAAAUUAGAGAAGAAGUGGAACAAGAAUUUUUUUGGAAAACUAACAAGGGGAAUUCUAGUUUCUGGUUCGAUAAAUGGAAUGAAUUUGGUUCGUUAUACGAACUCUUGGAGAACACCCUUAUUUACCAACAUAUUACUAUUAAAGAUGUCUUUCAACAGGGUCACUGGAACUGGAAUGCCCUAAACCCCCAACCCCCGGAUCACAUCAAACAUAUCAUUACCAAUUUUAACAUCAACUUGGCAAAUAAUCUUGACGAUAUUCCUCUCUGGACUGCUGCUGAAUCUGGGAAUUUUUCAGUAUCUUCAGCCUGGAAGCUUUUGAGAAAGAGGAGACCUUUUGCUCGUAUGGAUGCAAAAAUAUGGCACAAACAUGUACCAUAUAAAAUGUCUUGUGUUACAUGGAGGGCAAUUCAUAACAAAAUGCCUACUGAUGAUAAGAUAGUCGAUAAGUUUAAAAUAACCAAUGUUUCUAAAUGUGUUUAUUGUGUUGCUACAGGUAUGAACCCGGGACUUGAAUCCUCAGAACACCUAUUUUGCAAAGGAGACUACGCACAACGAAUCUGGAGCUCCAUAAUUGGCAGGAUGGACAUUAUCACCAGGCACACAAAUAUCAGAGAAUUGCUCCAAAGAUGCUGGAAUUCCACAUCCAAAAAUCCAGUCGUUGAAUAUGUUUUAAGUAUCAUCCCUCCAAUCAUUAUCUGGGAAUUAUGGAGAUCAAGGUGCAACUCUAGAUAUGAGGAAGAGAGACCAUUCACCAAAAGAUCUAUUUCUCUGAUCGUCUUCAACAUCUGCCACUUAACCAAAAAGGUUUUCUCCAACAUUAACCUUCCGGAGAAUUGGGAAAGCCUACUUAAGCUCAUGGAAAUACAACUUGAAGACACUAUCCACACCACGGUUAAAUGGUCGAGACCUUCGCAUCACUCCAUGAAGUUGAAUACGGAUGGCUCUUGUAUUGGAGAAUCUAGUGGAGGAGGUGGAGUGGUGCGAGACUCAAAUGGAAAUUGCAUUAUGGCCUUUAUUCUUUCCCUGGGAAAUGGAACCAGCAAUACUGCUUGA